GUUAAGCCGCCUACGCCACCACUGCAGCCCCUUGCGCGAAUUCCUCUGUACAGCAUCUGUCUUCGUUCAUUCAUCACCACUUACCUUCCGUCAAGAUGAUGCGCCGUGUUCUCGCUCAGCCCGCCGCCCGCCGUGUGGCCGCCGCCUCCAGCGCGCUGGUCGUGUGCCCCCGCAAGGCCUCCACCGUGGCCAUCUCCGUUCAGGGCCUGCACUACGUCGGCACCGGCCUGGCCGCCAUUGCUCUGGCUGGUGUGGGUAUGGGUAUUGGUACGAUCUUCGGCUGCCUGCUGAUCGCCUGCGCUCGCCAGCCGAACCUGACGAAGAUGCUCUUCAACUACGCCAUUCUUGGCUUUGCCCUGACGGAGGCCAUCGGGCUGUUCGCCCUGAUGCUCGCCUUCCUCAUGCUCUUCUCGUAG